UUCCACACUGACACUCAGAUGUACAAACACCUCAGUUCUCACCACAGCGUCUGCAAACCCUGCGACACAAAAACAGCCCAGUAGUUACUUGAAACGUUUCCCCAGCAGGCAUCUGACCCUUCCUGAAUGAGCCUGAGAAGAUUCAUCUCUGCUCCCUCGUCUCCGGACCGCCUCACUCUUUGUUUCUCCUCAAGUUCGGCAGCUGAUAACGGCUCAAUCAGAGGGAGGUUUUCUUUUCUUUUUUUUCUUUUUUGUUGCGGCUGAGAAGCUCAAGGACAGUUUGACAUGAGGGGAGAAGCUCCACAAAGAGGCAUGAAGACCACAUGUCUGAGGACUGCUGCUGUGCUGCUGUCAGUCAUCUCUCUGGUCACCAGUGCGGAUUCACCAAGCUCAGACCUAAGAGAGAGCUCAAAGUCCAAAGUGAAGACCUACUGGACUGAAAGCAGCAAGGCCUUUUCCAUUAGCCGUCUGCUGUCCCAAACCCUUUACGGCAAAGAGAACUUUACCUCUCUGGAUCUGAACUAUGAUGAGACGGACUCUUAUUCUAAACAGGAGCAGUGGAACUGGCUUUAUAAUACAUCAAACGCCCGUGACCCUCGAUCACGGACAAAAAGAAGGCCUAUCGUCAAGACAGGAAAGUUCAAGAAGAUGUUCGGUUGGGGCGACUUCCAUUCUAACAUCAAGACUGUGAAGCUGAACCUGCUCAUCACUGGUAAAAUCGUGGAUCAUGGCAACGGCACGUUCAGCGUCUACUUCCGGCACAACUCAACCGGUCAGGGCAACGUUUCUGUGGGGCUUGUUCCUCCAACCAAGGCCGUGGAGUUCCAGGUCCAUCAGCAGCACCAGCAGUUCCACCACCAUCACCACCAGCAACAGCAGACAGCCCUGGAGACCAAAGACACCAAGCUGUUCAACUGCAGGGUGGAGUACGAAAAGGUGGAAAAGGGCACCAGGAACUCACUGUGUGCCCACGACCCAUCGCAGAGCUGCCCGCAGGAGCAGACGCAGAGCCACGUGUCCUGGCUGUGCUCCAAACCCUUCAAAGUCAUCUGCAUCUUUAUUACCUUCUACAGCACCGACUACAAGCUGGUGCAGAAGGUGUGUCCAGACUAUAACUACCACAGUGACACCCCAUACCUCCCCACCGGGUGAUCACCUGGCCAGACGAGAGGAAAAACAAAAAAAGAAAAAAAGAAACAAAGACAGGAUGUCGGGUCCUGAGCAAUGUCAGAUUAUUUGGAUGAAAAUGGAGUCCAGACAUUUCCAGCUUGAGUUGUUGACAGGCAUUAUUACAACUAACAUAUCCUUGUCACAAGACUGAUAUUGCUCCAAUGAACAGACCAAGCCUGGGGUCAUUAUGAGAGCAUUUAGGGAAGCAUUUAUAGGCUUGCAAUAUUCAUAUUAUAUGCAUAGCUGCUAACAUCGAAAAGGAAAUUCUCAAGCCAACCGAAAAAAUAUGCUGAUUGUAUUUAUGUAAAUAUUGUGGAUUUCACACAAAGACCAGAGAACAAUUUUAUUAAUGUUUUCUCCUGCUAAUUUAGUUGUUUAUGUUCAUAGUGUAUUUCCGUCUCAAUCAUGCUUUCUGUCUUCUCCAAUCAGUCUCUGGUAAUCAUUGCAAACACGUAAAUGUCAAUGCAAAUAAGAAGAAUCUGUCAGUAUGCAUUAGAGGGCAUAAUGGGAAAAGCAAACAUAUUUUGAGUGGUGUUGUUUUCUGCAGUGUGAUUGUUAGAGUGAAUAUACCUCUCUGAUAUUGUUGUUGGAAUCUCGUCCAUGUCCAUGCAUGAACCCAAUGUGGUAAACAGCUAAAUAACGUCCAUCUAUAUUUUCAUGUUAUUGCAGCUGUCAAAAAUAAUCUUCAUCAAUUGUUGACACAAAGAGAAAACAGUGCUUCUAUUUUAAUUCUGUGUUACGUGUUAGCAGUUUUAAGGCCAUGGAUGGUGCACAGAAAAUGACACCAAAUAGAGGGCUCCCAUCAGAUCAAACAUAAGCAAGUAAAUGUUACAAUAAAUAAAUAAAGUUGCAGAAGACAAACGAGAUGACAGAGAUGAAGGAGAUCAUUUUCUGCACUACUCUUUAAAAAUAAUCAAAGUAACUGUGCUCUAAUUCUGCUGUUCCCUCAGUUCUGCAUUUCCAUUUUAGACAUUUAAAUGGUGCUUUUAUUUCUGACUUACAACGAGUCCGGUGUAAUAAAUUUCAAUCGCUGCAUCACUAAUAUGACAAGAAGCCAGUAGUAUGAAAUGUCAGAGCAAUAGUGGCCCUGCAGAAACCAAAAUAACUAUUUAUAUAGAAAAAUGCUGGAUAAUGAAAGACAAACAAGGUCAAAGUGUUUGCAUAAAAAUAGGUAUUAAAACAGGAAGAGGAAAACAUUAAGCUAUAGAGAGGAUGAUUUUAUUAAUUGAACCAAAGCUGAGACAGAACUAGGGCUGUAGUCUGCAGGUCGACUGGUUGGUCGAUUUGCUCUCCUCUAACGUACUUCUAUUGGCUAGAAACCACUCCUUACUUUCAUAAGGAGUGAAGCACUCCAUCAACAGCCUUGCGUGAUUACUCCAUUAUUUUUGGUGUGGAGGGGUGAACAGACUACCUAUGAACUCCUCUGUGUUUUCACAUCUUUAAAUUCAGCCAAUGGAAAGAAGACUGCUAGGUGUAACUUAUUCAACAUUUACUGAAUGUUUUCAAGGACUCGGCUCCAAACUAAUUGGCACCCUGUCAAAGAAGUCAUCGUUCUGAAUGUAUUUUAUUCAAGCAAAUGGACAAAGAGUCCAGUGUAAACUUUGCAAACAGCAGUUUGCAUAUCACAGCUCAACAACCAACAUGGCAGAUCACUGAAAAACAGUGGGGGUUGAACGAUUAUCAGAUUUGAUAUUCAGCAUAUUUUCAGUAAUUGGCAUCAUUAUUUUAUGUAACUAAUUCUGAUAAAAUAAUUUCAGAAUGUGCCACAUCAGUUGGUAUGCAGCCACCUCUUUCUAGCUAUAACCACUACUCUGUGGUCUCAAGCAAUAUCCCACCCACAGGACUGAUUAGUUAUGCACUACGAUUAACAGCCUCUCAACACUAAAAAAUACAGUUGAAAAAGUUCUUUUUUAAACUAACAUAGAGGACAAAUAAACACAGAUUACAACAAAGUUUUGAGUUGACCCUUGCGUUGUUCUAAAUUUUACUGCAAAUGUAUAUCAGCUCAAAAUAUGACUUAUCAGUCCCUUUGAAUAUUAAUAAUCUGUACAAGUAUUGGUCAUGAAAAAACAUAUCAGUCGACCACUAAAGAAAGAGUGGGCUAACCUGUCGGUGUUACAUUUCCUCAGUAGUUAUUGCUGGGAUGACCAACUGAUAUAGUUCUACUUUCAGAAGUCAUAUGAAUAUGGGCAGGUGGACAGUGGUCUGCUUUGAAUCUGUUGCUAUCAUUUCAGUAUAAAAUGAUUUAUUAUGCUGCAAACACUAGUUUUUAAGUUUAUUUAUAGUUCAUUUAGGCUAUUAAGUCCAGCAGGUAGGAUGUACUCAAUGGAACAUUUAGUUCAUCCGAUAAAUUGCUGAUUGUUUUUCCCAUGACCAAUCGAUGGGUAGAAGAGUAGGUGCAGUUCCAGAUUUUAUUUGGCUGACUACAACCCUAAACAAAACAAGCACUGUGUUAAACUGCGAGAGGUGGUAAAAUGUGGUUUUCUGCUCCACAGGAGGCAGAACAUACAUUAAAGCAGCGGGUACUAAUCACGUACCCCACCUAUCAAACGCUGCACCUCUGGUUAUCAAAAAAAGGCAAAAUUUGGAUGAGACUAACUCUGGCUGCUAAUGAUAUUGGAUGUUCCAAUUGGCUAUUAAACCUUCAUUACAUAGAUUGGAAGCCAGUGGCUCCACGUGAAGCAUUUAGAGAAAAUGAACACAGUGUAAGUGGGAGCUCUGCAGAGUCAACACCAUAGAAAGAAUGAAUUAAAGUGCCGAUAGAAAACCUGUAAAAAAGUAUAAAUGUGCACCUAGGGGCACAAUCACUGCUGUCUAUUUAAAUUCAGUGCUCUUUCACAGUGUAUUACAUGGUAUACGCAACACAGUAACUGCUAAUGGCAGCCUGGACGCCAUCCAAUAUGCCAACAUGGGGUGAAUUUUCUGACAAGGCGGGCCAAAGAAAAGGGGUCUGCCUGUGGGAUGAGUGAGCAUAAAGAGGAAUUUAUGAUGUGGAGGAACAAGGCUGGCAGAAAUCACUGGAAGCACCUGACUCGUAAAUUGAGAGCAUGUUUCUGUCAGCGAGAAGAAGGAAUGACUAAUGUCUCAGAUUGCUGCUUGGGCCAGUUCUUUCAUCUCAAUAAAGUGACUUUGAUAUCUCUCCACCCCUACCCAAAUGUGCCAGGGACAGUUUGUUCAGCUUCAAAGAAUUAAAGCAGCACUUUGCUGAGACAAUGCAGCCUCAUUAUGCACAUAAUCUUACAAGUGUAAACAGUUUGGCACAAAAGUGCUGGGUGUGAGAUGGAUCUGUUCCCUGACUGAUGUCGUCUGAGGCUAAAUGCAACAUAUUAUGUUGUGUACUAUUUAAAGCCCAAUUCAUAACAACCGUACAAAUCUGUUCCUUAAAAUAACUUAAAGCUGCACUAAUCAAUAUGUUAUCAUGAACAAUGUGAUGUGAAAGAGGUGGCUCGAGAAUUACUGCCUCACUCUGCAGUUUGCUGCAGCUCUGUGAAGCAUUCUAGCAUUCUUGACCUCAUUGUUUUUAAUUUAUGGGUGACAAAAUUUACUGAUUUGGUUCAUAGGCAGGAAGAGGUGGUGACCAAAGGAGUGAAUACUGGCCAGUAACAUGGCUGUGAAUAAUAAAUAUUAAAAUUCUUCUUUGCAAAUGAGCCAGGUAGGGUCAGCCUAUUAAUUGUUUGCCAAAACAUAAUGCAGGUUUAAGUCAGAUGAAAAUGAGCAUUUUUGAGUGUUCCUUAUGUGUGCAUUAAUCACAAUCACAAUUGUGGUUUCCCACAAUUAAAUGAACAUGAUUGACUGUGAUCUUGACAUUUAAAAUCUGUGCUUUGCUCAUAGAAAACAGGCCAAGAAGAUAAAAUCUCUUCGUUUUUAGUUGGGUAAAUUUGACAUCACAACCCUUUAAUUUACUUUCCUUAAAGUAAUUUUUGGUCCCACACUUUUGUGAUAUGCUGUGCUACUAUAACUUAGAAGGCACUAGAAGCUUGUCUAUGCACAACCACCUUGCUUUUAUCUACCAUAACCCGCAUGUGAGACAUUAUGGGGGCACUGGUAAAUUGUAGCAUCUUCGACAAGCAGAUGUACAGCAAGUGAGGCAUUUUAGGUACAACUGUAUUUAUAAUUUGCUUCUAGGAGGGAGAUGCACCUAAUUCAGGUGAAGAUCAUUUUAUGUCUUAUAUUGAUGCAAAGAUUAGAAAAUUAGCAGGAAAGCAGUACAGCGUGGAGAUAAAAGCUGUGCAAGUGAAAGAAAAAUAGUCCUUAUAAUUAUUGAAUUAUCAUGAUGAAUAACCAUGACCUCAGCAUUACUCAAAUUGACUGUGAUUUUCAUUUUAGCCAUAAUGGUGCAGCCGUAACUCCUGUAUAAAAACACUGUCGAGCAGCAUGAAAAUUAAAAAUCCUGUCCAUCAUUUUGGAAGUGAGAGCAGGUUCCAGUUUUGCGUUUCAGCUUUUAGCGCUGGAGAUAAUCUUUUGUUAACUUUCACAUCACUGAUUGUACUUUCAAUGCACCACAGCAAACAGAGGGGAUGUGAAAAAGCAGAGUUAUAUAAUUAAAACAUUGGAAAUGCAGCUUUUGACAAAUUCACUUCAGACCAAUCUCAAAUAUCUUCAGCAGCAAAUCUGUUUCUCUGGGACUAAUUUGCACAGCUGGGAGAGGUUGGAUUCAUUUAACUCCUCUUUAAAGCCAACACAUUUUUAAUUAUGUUAAUUUUAAAGCUCCAUUUCACCAGGAAACAAGAAAAACUAGCCAUGCCCAUUGUCCAUUUAACGAAUAUGAAUGAAACCAACAGCAUUGCUGCGCAGCAGUGUUUGGACGUCUCAGUUAUCUUUGGGCCCAGAUCUUCUCCCUCGGUUCAGUUGUACUGGGCUGGAGCCAUCCAUGCUUGCCGUCUAUCCCCUAGCUCGCCCACAAUCCCUGAUUAAUGUGGUCUGGGCGGGAGCUGUCAGAAAUGGCAGAGAGAAUCAUGGGAUUUCUCCUUCAGAGUCCCAAUGACACCCAGCAGCUGCAGGAGUAAACAGAUGACUAACCACUGGCCUUUUGGCAGCCUGUGGAGAUUCACAUGGAGGGAGGGCUGCGAACGUUGCUUUGACAUUUAGGUGGAUUAGAAAGUUCUUGGGUUCUGCUCUCGUGGUGUCAGAGGUGGCUGGCAUAGUAAUUAUAUGCGUCUUGCUUCUCUUCCGCUUGACCCCCAACCGCAGCGAAAACAACGUAGAGCUUCACUUUUCCACUUAGAGACUCUUUGUUCAAAUGAAAUGUUUAAGUGUAAAACAUCCUCAUUUAUAAACAAAUCACAUUGUGUUUGCACUGAGACAUGAAAGUAUCCUGCUUUAAAAAAAAAUAAAAAAUACAACCAAUUGUCAUUUCA